UAUCUAUUUAAUGUUAGCUCCGUCACUUUACAUUUCGGUGUGUUUUUUCUCCAGACCAUAUCUCCAGUUUUGAUCGUCUUUGGCACUAUAGGAAACCUUCUAUCCAUCCUAGUGAUGAGCAGGAGAAAAAUGAGAUCUUCCAAUGCAGCAGUUUAUUUGAUAAGCUUGGCUAUUGCGGAUACUGGAGCUCUCAUCAUUGGCUUGCUUCGUUUCUUUGUUGCCGAGCCCAUUUGCAAGAUCAGAUUCUGGUUGACUUUUGUGUCCCUGGACAUCUCCGCAUGGGUGCUAGUGGCGUUCACCAUUGAACGCUUCUUGUCCGUGUGUUUCCCACACAGACUGAAGACCUUCUGCACACAGAAAUCUUCGAUCAUCGCUGUAGUUUGUAUUGCAGUGGUUAUGCUUGCUCACAAUAGCCAUUUUCUCUAUGGAUAUGGAGAUGUAAUAAUAACAUACGAAAACACGUCGAUACUGGUUAGGUGUAUUUUUGUCUCAGAUAACUAUUCUGAUUUCUUUUACAAUAUUCACAUAUGGAUUAGUUUAUGUGUGAACUGUUUUAUUCCUUUGGUUAUUUUUAUUGUGUGCAACUCUUUCAUCGCCACGAAAGUACUGCUACGUAGCAGGAAGAUGCACAAGAUUGCCGAGGACAAGACUGCCAAAUACGCCAGCCGCGAGUCGUUGGCGGUCACUGGCAGACAGGAGAGCAACUCACGACUGACAAUUAUGUUGUUUACUGUAACCAUAGUGUUUCUGAUAACAACUGCCCCUAUCAGAGUAUUGUUUAUUUUACUACCUAGUUUGCAGUUCCAAACCUCUAAGGAUUAUGCGGUACUGUACCUCACUCAUAAGGUUACCGUCAUUUUAAUGUACACAAACAACUCGGUCAACUUUAUCCUCUAUUGUGUCACUGGGUCAAAAUUUAGGAAUGAGGUGCUAAAGAUGUUCAGAGAGCUAUGUAAUAGAAUUGGCAGAAUAAAUCCAACAAAUGACGCAGAAAAUGUGUGCUCCAGAAGGCAGUCACUGAUCGCAAGGCAAAUUAUCACAGAAGUGACUGAACUUCCACCUAAAGAAAUUGUACCACUACAGAUUCCUGACGACGUGUAG